AUGGCCCCUCCGACAAUGCCAGCUAUGUCAACAGCCCAUGGUAACCUGCGGCAAGAUGAACUGGUGGAGCUGGAGUCUUCCAAAAUGAGAGAGCGCAUGUAUGCGCCGAACCCGUAUGCGCAGAGCGUGCGGUCCGCGCCCACCGAUUUUAGUGCAUAUAUGCGCCAAAAUCGAUACCUGGGUGACAUGCGCAAGUACACAGGCGGCAAGAGCUCCUGUGCCGCAUGGUCCCAGCCCCCCGCCUCACUCAGCCGGCUGUACAUCACCUCCGCGUCCGACCCCAGUGCUUCUACGGCGGCUCCAUCGACAAUACCGACAGCCCGCGCCGGACCUCACACUGUACGGGCCUACAACUUCUUGCGCAAGUUCGCGCGGCGGAUGUUGUCCUACUGCGGCAAGUUCGCCCGCGUUCGUGCCCGCCACGCAACGCGUGCAGGCGCAUCGAACGGCCCGGUUCAAAUCAACGCGCCGGACCUGAAGUACAGCACGCAGGACGACGGUGCAGGGGAGUCGGAAGUGGUGCCGCAGCUUGUGGACGAAGACCACAAGCGCUCCGAGAUCGAGGAGGGCGAGGGCCCCGCUGCGGGCGCGCAGAUGAGGGAUGAGUGGCGCAGGUAG